AUGGACGCUUACUGCAAAGACAGACUUUCUUCUAGAAGCGAACCUCUGUUUAUCGGCGACACAGACGAUUUUGGAGCUGGGGCUAGUUUGGACUCCGACAAUGACCGUCUUUUUUCUGGCGUCCUUGCUAGCGCCAUCUAUCAGCUGUCCGUAAACUGCAAGAAACCCAAAGAGUCGAUUUUCGGAAAACACGAGCAAGAAUGUCAGCCCACCAUUCGGUUAGAGACCCAGUUCAGAAUCGUCGACUUGGCCCUUUUCGAGAGCAAGUAA